CAUACUGAAUCCAAGACACAACACAAUACCAGCUACUAGAAAGAAAAUUAACUCUCUCCCAGCUGAAACCAGGACACUGUAGUGGUGCUGGUCUGGCUUCAAGAAAACAUGGCUGAGCUCUGACAAACAUUCACAACUGCUAAAGAUGAUGACAGCAAAUUUUGUCUUUGUCUCCAGAGGGGGAGGUGUUUGCCAUCUGGAAUACCAGACUUAGAUGACCAGAAAGUAGUAAGUUUUCCUUUCAAAAAUGUGUUUCAACAGGAAUACGACAGAAGAAGGGAUGUUAAGAUGAAAUCCUCAUUUAGUAUAGAAUGUUUGCAUUUUAUCUCAUUCUUGUCUUCCAUUAUUAUUAACAAAAGAUUUUAAUUUUGAUUUUUUUUUGCCCGAGGUCUAAGCAGGCUGAGGUCUCUUGAAGUCUUGAACUGUCAGCAACUGUUUAUGAUUUGUAGGGGAAAGGUCAAAUUUAACACCUUUAGCCCUGUCAUCCCACUCAGCCUUGAAAUUAAUAUAACACACCUAUUAUAAAAUUGCAGGCAUUUAAUUCAGGACAGCGGAAACAAAUAUUUUCUAUGCUUCCUCCUUCCCCUCCAACUAAUGCUUCAGUGUAUGAGUCAUUUAAUCUUUAGAAAACUGAAGAUGAACAGACUUAGCUUGGUUUGCCUAUCCCUUUCACACAACCAGGGGGAGCUGGAUUGUUACAUGGUGGCUCAUGUGAAAAUUUUCUUUGAAAGCCUCAGAGUUUUAGGUCAGUAGCCCUUGAAACUUCAGUAAUAGAGUUAACAUCCCCUGUUGUGUGUGAAGCUUUAAGAACUCAUAUGGCUGCUUCUGUUGGCAGGAGGACAGAAAAACCCUCUGAAAGUCAGAGAGUGCACCAAGAAUCCUUCCUGUUAUUCACGUGGGAGCACAUAGCUGUUGCCAGACAUUAUUUCUUUCUUUCAGGAGUGGAAGGUUUUAGCAAGGGUUUUCUUGCCACUUUGGAAAGAACUUGGGAACUACGUGACCUCUGGCAAUGGAGCUGAUGCGAUCAUAAGCAGAAAUAUGUAACUGCAGGUUUGUGGUAUAUGUCCAAAAUCCUUGCGUGAAUAAUGUUGGAAGGGGCUUGUAAUGAGCAUGGGGAGCAAUUAAAACUUUGGAACUUUGGAACCUGAAACACACAUGCUAUUAGGUUUUUGUCCAUGGUAUGUGGCAGAUAAUUGACAAAACAGCUACACAUGCAAUGAAUUACUACAUCUAGUUUCUCUGAUUCCACAGGAGAGAAUGAGUUUCUCAAGUGAUACGUAUCAGAAUAUUUCAAACAAUUAUUUUAGCCUCUGCCAUACUCUGAACACUUUCUAUAAAACCAGUUUUAGUCCAAGAAGAAAUUUCCCAUACGUGGGGCCAUGUGUAGUCUCACAGCCUGUCAGCCACUUUUUCUGCACAUUUUGGAAAGCAGCUACCCUUUUCUGUGCACCCUGGUGAUGUGAGUCUGCAGCUGGUUCUGCACUGAAAUUGGUAACUGCUAAUGCACUCCAGUUACCAGGAAAAUGAGUGUGUAAAUGUAUUCUGAUGUCAGAUACCGUAUCAGAGCAGAUUCCUGGCAUCUAACUAGUCAUCUUGGUGACUAGCAGGAAUGCUAUUUUUACAUACAUAGUAAUAUCAACUUACAAAACUGAUAACAUGGGGGUUAAACACCCUCCAAAACCUAGAAAAUGUGCAGAAUGAAGUGGAAGUGUGAAUGUUUUUAUGUAUAUUUAAGUAGUGUGUAGUAUGAAGGAAACUGAACUGUGACAGACUGGGAGUCCUGACACAAUGUGGGUUGCCCUGCUGAGAGCUCGGCUCUUUUUCAGCUUUAGAAAUGUUACAAAGGAUCAUCACUGAAGUUCAACUGCAGAGGGUUAGAGCAGAGAAAGGCGGUCAAGGGAAAAGAAUGGGACUCCGUGGGAGGUGAGGCAUUCUGCUGAGGGGAAGGUUCAAAAACCUCCGUGAAACCUGUGGUUUUACUCAGGGCUUCAGUUUGGCUGUUUUUCUUUCAGAAACAUUUACUGAGAUUGACUGUAAUGCUCAUUUGUAGUCACUGUUUGGUCAAGAGGAAGCAGUGUUGAUAAACCAAUAAAUGAGAAAGUUCUGUAUUCUGCAAGGUGACUCUGUGUUACCAGUUUGAUUUCCACAGCUUUGAUCCUUGUGUCUGUUUAUGCCCAAGCGAAAUAGGCUUGGGCAUAAAUGCGGUACAGUCUCUGCUCACUUUGACUUGUGGUGGCGUUUAGCCCUUGUUUCACCUACCUGACACACAGGGUUAAGUUGUGACAAUGAGAGUUGCAGUUGAAGGUAAGGUCCUCGAUAUGACCAAACACUGGCAGUUCCAGUUGGAGAGAUUCUUCACACCUUUGGGCACGGUGCUGGUCCUGACUGGCUUCUGAUACCCAGCCAAGUGUACCUACGGUUCCCCUCUGGGUAAGUAAUCACAACAUAUAGGCAGAAGUGUGAAAUGUACCUUGAGGAAAGGCUGUUUGUGAAGGCAGGUGCUCAUUGAUAGAAUCAGCUGCAAAAAAACCCAGCAAUAUAAACCUCAGCAAUGGAACAAGGUAUGUGCAUGAGUGUACAUAUGCUGACUAUGGAAAGGAUGGUAUUUAGAGGGUACAUUUCAGGAUGCAUGAACAGAAAUACACUGGUUUUUAGUUCUUGCCUAUCGUGCGAAAUGACUUAAUCAGUAAGCUGAAACCAGCCCCAAACAAAGCUUUGCUGAACUGGUUAGUAAAAACAACAUUAUGCAAUGUUCCUAAUUGUUUAACAGAGGUAAUCUGGAGUAUCAGUUUUAUUUUAACUAGUUGUAAAUUUUUCUUUAUGGCAAACUGUUUAUUUGAAUGUAUUUUAAAGUCUGAUAAAGAAGGGCAGUAAGGAAAUUAAACAUACUACAACUAAAGGCUUAGAUACUUUUGCUUUUUACAGCUGUGUGUGCACUGGAGUCCUGAUGAAAGCUGAUGGUAUAUUUGAUUUUGUCCAUGCAUCAAAGUUUUUUCAUGGAUUAUAUUGGAAGUAAAACUGCCACUGAUUUGCAUAAUCGGGAUAUUAUUGUUCUGUCAACAAUAGUGCCUUAGUCUAUUCAUUUUCAUGGAUUAAUGCCCAGCAAUGGGAACUUCCUCUUUAACUCGAAGACAAGACAGUAUCAGCUGACAGGCAGAGUCUUGCUGCUUACUGAGAAACAUUCAUGAUCCCUGGUCUUGUCUUGGGUCACGAAUGUCUCCAAGUUUUCUGUAAUGUAUUGCUCAGAUUCACUGCACUGAGGAAAGCAGAAUGGUUUCAGUUCAGUUUCAGUUCAGACUAUUUUACUCAUCAAUCUAAAAAUGAAAAGUAGACAUUUUCUUUCAGCAAAGCAAAGGGUUAAAUUAUUCUUUGCAAAAUUGAAAAGGUAAUUGCAAAAGAAAAGUUUCAAAGGAAUCUAAUGCAAGCUUGAAAUAUAACUGGCACUGGUGUCUAGAAUAAAUUUUCAUACUUUGCAGCUUCUUUAGCUGAAUCCCCUCUUGCCUUCAACUCUCCUCCAAGGCGCUGUUUUAUGGGGUGGAGUAAGCUCUAGACUGAGUCCAGAAUAGGCCCAGGUGCCCCCCUCUCCCCCUAGUUUGCUCAUACCUGAAGAAUUCAUUACAUACUUCAUGAAUUUAAUCUUAAAAUUCAUUAAGAUUAAAUAAAUCUUCAUUCAUUUAUUCAUCUCUGCUUCUUUCUUCCUUGCUAAUUAAUCUUACUGAAGCAUGUUGUGUUAGUUUGGAGGCUUAUGGGACUGAGGUGUUGGUUUUGGUUAUUUACAUCUGCCUUUGCAAUGCACUCGCUCUCUGCUCUGUUGAUUUGCUCACUAGGCUCCUGCCCUUGUUCAAAAUGCUAAUUGAAUGGCUGCUUUAUUGGAUUCCUCUAUUGCCAGAUUGCCCUACAUUGCUGUAUUCUUCGUGGCUUCUUUACAGCUUUCAUAUAGAGAAUACUCUCUAUGGUUCAUUUUUUAUAAUUUUUUGAAGGAAGCUACAAUGUGGGGUAUCCCUGAUAACCAUCCAAGGCAUCUCUAGUGUAAAGAUUGACCUGUAAAGGUUUUGAACUGUGCCAGUUUGCCCCUGUUACCAGCUUUUGAGAUCUAAGCUUUUGCCAUCUGUCAGUGUGCUACAUUAAUUAGUCUGCUUGCUGAGGAAAAUAAUUCAGCGGAGUAGAGCUCUGCAAGAGUUUUUGAUACAAAGAGAAGUUGGUGGUGGGGGUUCUGCUUCCUCUUUUCUGUGUAUGCAAAAGAGGAGAUGCAGUUGACAAAUUUCUAGAAUGUGUGUAACUAUCAGAAGCAGACGUGAAAUUAGAAAUGCGGAAUUAUUUAAACAGUCUUGCCUUGGUGAAUAUUCUGUACCACAGAUAGGCUUAUUUCCUCCUAAACUGUACUGUUAUGUUAAUAUUACAGAAGUAAAUGUAUUUUGCGUUUGGACUGUUAGAAGUUUCCUUUUAUUGUGCUCUCAAUACCUGCAUUGUAGGGAAAUUUUGUUAAUUCGUAGAAUUAUAUAACCUGUAUAAGAAAACCUUGUUCUUUCUACUUCUUGAGGUAGUAAUUAUUAAGGAAUUAGCAUCUCAUGUGAGAUUCCCCAGCUUGAAGAUUACAUAUGUUUGAAAUUCUGUUUUGAGGAUGUUAACCAAGUAUGCAGAGGACUUUUGCUGGUUCUUCACUCAGAGGUGGAUUCCAUGCACAAAAGAACAUUUCUUGCUUUGUUCCUGGCAUCCCUUUUGCCCAGGGAGAAGUUCCUCCAGAUGAUAGUUCCAGAUCAAAGUUUAUUUGAUUCAAGAGGUUCUUUACCAGCCUGGACUCUGAAGAACAGGGUCAGCUGCUCCUUGAAGGAAGCUGGGUAAGAUUUGCUUGUCUUGGUUCUUCUUGUGAGUGAUACUGUACUUUGACCAACCAUCCCAGCUUCAUUUCUAUUCUGUGCUCGGAUACCCCAGCACAACUUUCUGAAGGCAGAAUUUGACCACUCAAUUGGAUUCUACUGAGGGCUGGACUCAUCACUGAGACAUAUUGAACAGAAAAUGAAGAUUUGCUUCUGUGUUUCUGUAAAAAACCAAGAUAAACCUGGAAAGCACAAUGAGACCCCUUACAAAUAUCUAUGUCUUUGCGUGUGUCUUUAUAUUCAUGCUAUGGAAUAAUAUCCAGCCAACUGUGGAAAAUGAAUUUAUUGCAAAUUAUUCAAGCAGUUUGCUAACUAAUGUUCCAAAAAACAUUCCAGUCCAUACUCAUGUAUUAGAUUUAUCACAUAAUAGGAUCUCUGGACUUAGUAUCUCAGAAUUUAUUUAUCUUUCUGACCUUCAAGUAUUAAAUCUUUCUCAUAAUCUAAUUACAGAGCUUGACUUUAGUGUCUUCAUUUUUAAUGAAGAUUUGGAAUACUUAGAUUUAUCUCAUAAUAAUAUUUUGAAAGUUUACUGUCAAAAUCUUGCAUAUCUUAGACAUUUAGAUCUUUCUUUCAAUAAGUUUACUGCCCUGCCCGUCUGUAAGGAAUUUGGGAACAUGUUUCGUUUGGAGUACCUAGGAUUAAGUGCCACAAUGAUACGAAGGUCAGACUUCAGGUAUAUCAUACAUCUGCAGCUGUGCACUGUCUUCCUGACCUUAGAAGACUUUUCUUUGUAUGAGCCUCAGAGUCUGACAGCCUUGAAUACAAGGAGCCUCCACAUUGUUUUUGCAGCAAACCAAAACUUCAGUUUUUCCCUCCUGUACGAUGGAAUGAGCACUUCAGAAAACUUAAGAAUAGUUAACUUAAGAUACACCUUGAGCUACAAAGAUUUCCCCUCCCCUUCUUUAACACUUCUGAAGAAAAUCAAGACAACAGCUCUCAUGCUUGACACUGUGGACUUACAAUGGACUAUCAUUUUGCAAAUUUUCCUGCUUAUUUGGUACUCACCCGUGGAGCAUUUGACUGUGAGAAAUUUGACUUUUCGGGGACCACUGGGGGAGCUGACUGAAUAUGAAUUUCUACCCUUAUUAAGCUCUCUGGAACAAUUAAUCUCUUUGGGUGGCUCCAUGAAGGUGCUAACUUUGGAGCAUGUCCGUAAUAAGGUUUAUUAUUUCAACCAGGAGAUUCUAUACAGACAGUUUUCAGAGAUGAAUAUUGCCAGUUUGACCAUAUAUGAUGCAUAUAUGCCACACAUGCUUUGCCCCAAUAGAACAAGCUCAUUUCAGUAUUUAAAUUUUUCUCACAAUGCCCUGACAGAUGAAUUGUUCCAGAAUUGUGGCACUCUGACAGAUCUGAAAUUACUUAUUUUGCAGAGGAAUAAAUUUGAGAGCCUUUCCAAGGUAAGCUUCAUGACUAGCCGUAUGAAGUCACUGAAAUACCUGGACAUCAGCAGCAACUUGCUGAGUCACGAUGGAGGUGAUGUGCAAUGCCAAUGGGCUGAGUCUCUGACAGAGUUGGACCUGUCCUCAAAUCAGUUGAUGGAUGCCGUGUUUGAGUGCUUGCCAGUCAACAUCAAAAAACUCAACCUCCAAAACAAUCACAUCACCAGUGUCCCCAAGGGAAUGGCUGAGCUGAAAUCCUUGAAAGAGCUGAACCUGGCAUCGAACAGCCUGGCUGACCUGCCGGGGUGCAGUGGCUUUACGUCGCUGGAGUUCCUGAACGUAGAGAUGAAUUCGAUCCUCACCCCAUCUGCCGACUUCUUCCAGAGCUGCCCACGGGUCAGGGAGCUACAAGCCGGGCACAACCCGUUCAAGUGUUCCUGUGAACUGCAAGACUUUAUCCGCCUGGAGAGGCAGUCUGGGGGGAAGCUGUUUGGCUGGCCAGCGGCGUAUGUGUGCGAGUACCCGGAAGACUUGCAAGGAACGCAGCUGAAGGACUUCCACCUGACUGAACUGGCUUGCAACACGGUGCUCUUGCUGGUGACAGCUCUGCUGCUGACGCUGGUGCUGGUGGCUGUCGUGGCCUUUCUGUGCAUCUACUUGGAUGUGCCGUGGUACGUGCGGAUGACGUGGCAGUGGACGCAGACAAAGCGGAGGGCUUGGCACAGCCGCCCCGAAGAGCAGGAGACCAUUCUGCAGUUUCACGCGUUCAUUUCCUACAGCGAGCGCGAUUCGUUGUGGGUGAAGAACGAGCUGAUCCCGAACCUGGAGAAGGGGGAGGGCUGUGUACAACUGUGCCAGCACGAGAGGAACUUUGUCCCCGGCAAGAGCAUUGUGGAGAACAUCAUUAACUGCAUUGAGAAGAGCUACAAGUCGAUCUUUGUGUUGUCUCCCAACUUUGUGCAGAGCGAGUGGUGUCACUAUGAGCUGUACUUUGCCCAUCACAAAUUAUUCAGCGAGAAUUCCAACAGCUUAAUCCUCAUUUUACUGGAGCCGAUCCCUCCGUACAUUAUCCCUGCCAGGUAUCACAAGCUGAAGGCUCUCAUGGCAAAGCGAACCUACCUGGAGUGGCCGAAGGAGAGGAGCAAGCGUCCCCUUUUCUGGGCUAACCUGAGGGCAGCUAUUAGCAUUAACCUGCCAAUAUCCUUUGAAGCAAAUGAGGAGCAGAGUGAUGUUACUUCUCCUAGUAGUGUAAGUCAGUAUGUGAAUAACUGACUUGACUGUCUUGCAGUACAUUGUUAUAAUCAUUUUAUUAUAGUAUUCCUAGUUUGUAGCAAAAUGUAAUUGUGAUAUAUACAGAAAUUGGUAUUGCUCAUUCUAGUCGUGAAAGUAGUCAGAAGUCUUCUGUAGUUGCCCAUCAUCAAUAAAGAGAAGGAGAGGGAAAUGUUCACAGUGACUGCACUUAUUUCUGUGAACUUGGGUUGCCUUUGUUUUGGACUUUGCCCAUUGAAAGCCGUAUUUUAAAGUAACAAAAAUAGUGGUUGGUUCAAUGUCAUCAGGACUGUCAAGGCAUGCAUUUUAUCUUUGUUGUGACAUGGAUGUUGUGGGGUUAAGGUGGUAGGUAUCUGCUUCCUUGGGUUUAAUUAAAUAAUACAAAGAAGAAGAAAACUGUUAUUUAAAUCCCUUCCUGUACAUUGGUAUAGUAGAUGUCAAGGGUACCUUCAGCCUGUUUUCCCUUCCUGGAAGUCUUUCCCUUUGUCACAGACAGAUUUUCCAGGGUAAGAGCUGAAAGUUGGAGCCAUUAAUGCCUGUUUAAUAUUCUUCUUCCUUUGCUGUACUAAACAUUCCUACUUGCCUAGAUUUACCUACCAAGUCAUGAUUUCAUAGAAUUUGCUAUUCCUUGUCUUCAAAAUAAUAUCCGAACUUAUGAAAUAUUGAUACUGUUAUAAUAUUGCUGCUUUCUGCUAUGAUCAUAUCAAGCUAUGUUGGGUUGCUUGUUUUUCCUGUUUUCUAAAGUGUAGAGGCUUGAUGUUUGGAGGUGAAUCCCCUUUUAUCUCCAGACGUUCACUGAACUCUGUUACCUUGCCCUUUUAAUCAGCAGGUGCUGAGGGUCAUCAUGCAAGUGAAAAAGGAGUAAUUUGCAUUGGGAAAUAACUUCUCUGCUAAAAUAAAACUGUUUAAACUAAUGGUAUUUAUUGAUGAGAUCUAAUAAUUUGCUGUGCUUGGAUUUAGUUUGACAAUAUAAUAAACCUCUCAUUUUUUAUGUGUUA